AUGGCGAAACCGCGUGUGAUAUACUGGUUCAGAACAGACCUCCGUCUGCACGAUUCUCCCGCCCUACAAGCAGCACUCGAUCUCGAGCCAGAGGUUCUUUGGCCAAUCUUCACAUGGGAACCUCACUACGUGUACAAGGCUAGAGGAGGAGUGAAUCGAUGGCAGUUUCUAUUGGACUGCCAGAAUGACCUCUCCCAAUCCAUCACGAAGCUGAACAAAAACUCAAAGUUGUUCGUCCUCCGAGAAGGCCCGCAAACACUCUUUCCAAAACUCUUCAAAGCCUGGAAACCAACCCACCUCGUCUUCGAAAAGGACACAGAUGCAUACGCCCGUUCCCGCGACGAGGCCGUUGCCAAAGCAGCCAAAGCAGCAGGAAUCCAAGUCAUCAUCCAACCAGGCCGAACCCUCUGGGACAGCGACGACAUCGUCCAGCGCCAUGGCGGGAAACCCACAAUGUCGAUAACCCAGCUACAGGCCGCAGGCAAAAAGAUUGGACCCGUCGCAAAGCCCAUUCCGGCGCCUGAGAGUUUGCCUGAUCCGGGAGACAUGCCUGUGGAUUUUGAGCGGCAUGUUCCUGAGGAGAAACCGGAUUUCAACGCAGAUUAUAGAUCGGAGGAAGAUACGGGAUAUAAACACAUCGCCGGUCCAAAUGGUGAUUUUGCCAUUGAGACUCUGGAUGAGCUCGGCUUCACCCCAGCAACAACUCCCCAUCGAGGCGGCGAGACGCGCGCCCUCAAGAUUCUCGAAGACCUCCUCAAGGACAAAAAGUACACGGCGACUUUCCAGAAACCAAAGACAAGCCCAGCACAAUUCAAUCCCCAGUCGACAACCCUGCUCUCGCCAUUCUUCCACUUCGGCGCCCUCUCCGUACGUCUCUUCUACUGGCGCGUCCACGACAUCGUCGAGUCCUACGGCAAAGCAGCCUCAUCUCCCCCCGAAAGCCUCAUCGGCCAAGUCCUCUUCCGCGACAUGUACUUCGCCGCCCAGGCAGCCCUCGGCACAUCCUUCGCCCAAACAGCAACGAACCCUUACUGCCGCUUCAUCCCCUGGCAUCUCCCCUCCAAGCGCGACCCGGAAACCGGCCUCAUCACAGGCGACCACCACAUCGACUCCCAGCAAGCCGAAGCCUGGUUCCAGCGCUGGAAGGCCGGCGUCACCGGCUUCCCCUGGAUCGACGCCCUCAUGCGCCAGCUCCGCCACGACGGCUGGAUCCAUCACCUCGGCCGCCACAGCGUCGCUUGUUUCCUCACCCGCGGCGGCUGCUACGUCGACUGGGAGCGCGGCGCAGAGGUCUUUGAGGAAUGGCUCAUCGACCACGAGCCCGCCUGCAACAUCGGCAACUGGCAGUGGCUCUCCUGCACCGCCUUCUUCACCCAGUACUUCCGCUGCUACAGCCCCGUCUCCUUCGGCCAGAAGUGGGAUAAGAACGGCGACUUGAUUCGGCAAUGGGUGCCUGAGCUCAGCCGCGUGAAACAAAAGUACAUUUACGAGCCGUGGAAGAUGCCGUUGCCUGACCAGAAGGAGGCCGGCGUCAGGGUUACUGGUGAUGGCCUCUCGGAGCCUCAAGAAGGGACGUACCCGAAGCCCAUGUUUGAUUUCAAUGAGCGGCGAGGCAUCUGCAUGGCUGCCAUGAAGAACGCAUACGCGGUGGGAUUAUACGGCAACGACGACAAGGUUCUGGAUGGAAGCUGGAGAACGCUGUUUCCAUCCCCUGGUGAGGCCGAGGUUAUGGGAGAGUACGAGAGCGACUACGGGGAGAAUGCAGAUAAUAACGAAGAUGAGCAUGACAAGGAUGGAUUAGAUGGUGAAAUUGCCAGCAACAAGCGUGGUGCGGAAAGCAACGGCACAGAAUCCAAGUCAAAGAAGCAGAAGACAGAGGCAUAA